AUGGUGGCCGGAGUCGCCGGGAACUGCAGAACUCGCUUGAGAAGUCUCGGAGAUUCCAGGCGUAGAGUCUCCUUCUCCGUUCAAUGCAUGGAUGAUCUAAGGAUGCAGGGAGGUAGGCGACGCAGAGACGAAGAUGUGGGUGCCCUUGCGCCGUCGUGGGGUGGCCGGAAGUGGAAGUUCCGAUCGGGUCUCUCUGUCGGGUCGUGGUACGUCUCGGUGCUGCAGUCACAGAGUCUUUGUUGGAUAGUGUACAAGGAUGAGAUCCAUGGAAUGAUUGGGUUACCACCGAGCGGUGUGGUAAAGAUUCCUAGUGCUGUGAUACUAGGCAGGGUACCUGUAUCUGUUGUUGAUCUAGCUCUAGAUAUGAUAAACAAUGCACAAGUCCAAGCAAUCAUAGGGCCCGGAACAUCAAUGCAGGCAAACUUCGUUGUUAAUGUGGGAGACCAAGCUAAAGUGCCCAUUUUGACUUUUUCUGCAUCAAGUCCUUCUCUUGCUUCACUCGGGAGCUCUUUCUUUUUCCGACUUACACAAAAUGACUCAAUCCAAGUGAAAGCCAUAAGUGAUAUUGUUAAGAACUUUGGAUGGAGACAAGUUGUUCCCAUCUUUGAAGACACUUCUUAUGGGGAGGGAAUCAUACCGUUUCUAAUCGAUGCCUUGCAAGCAGUUGAAGCUCAUGUUCCCCACAGAAGUGUAGUAGCCACUGAUGAUCAAAUUGAAAUUGAGCUUAACAGGUUAAAAGGGAUGCCAACUAGAGUCUUCAUUGUGCAUAUGAAUCCUCAUCUGUGCUCCAGGCUAUUUGCCAGGGCAAAAAAGAUUGGAAUGAUGAGUGCUGGUUAUGUUUGGAUCAUUGCUAGUGGGAUAUCUAAUCAUUUAAGUUUGAUGAGACAUUCACAUCUAAAUUCCAUGGAAGGUGUAUUAGGUAUACAAACAUACAUUCGAAGAACACUAAAGCUUAGAGAAUUUGAAAAGCGGUGGAAAAUGAAAUUCCAACAAGAGAAUCCAAACGUAACUAAGGUUAAGUUGGAUGUUUACGGAUUUCAAGCUCAUGAUGCUGUCUUUGGACUAGCUAUGGCAGUCGAACAAGUUGGAUAUACAAGCAUUGAAUAUCAAAAGCCAAGUGAUUCCUUGAAGGCAACAGAUCUUGAUGCCUUUAAGGUAUCUCAUUAUGGUAAAAAGCUUGUUGGAGCCCUGUCUGGCGUUAGAUUUGAAGGUUUAGCUGGAGAUUUCAAUGUCGUAGAAGGGCAGCUUCAGUCAUCAACUUAUAACAUAAUUAAUGUAAUUGGUGGUAAAGCGAAGGAAAUUGCGUUGUGGACUCCAGAAAAAAGAAUGGUUCCAACAAACACAAGCAAAAUCUUUACUAAUUCCAAGUGCAUUUUUGGACCCAUUAAGUGGCCAGGUGAUCCUAUCUGUGUUCCUAAAGGAUGGGAGAUCCCAACUAAAGGAAAUAAAUUGAUAAUAGGUGUUCCUGUCAAGAAAGGUUUUGAAGAGUUUGUUAAGAUCACGAAAGAUGUUAACACUAACACAACGACUGUCAAAGGGUUCUGUAUUGAUGUCUUCCUUGCAGCAGUGAAAUUAUUACCAUAUGAUCUUCCUCAUGUGUUCGUUCCCUAUGAAAAUUCCAAUGGCUCGAUGGCUGGGACUUACGAUGAAUUGGUCUAUGAAGUAUUUCUCAAGAAAUUUGAUGCUGUUGUUGGAGAUACUACAAUUAGAGCAAACAGAUCCUUGUAUGUUGACUUUACAAUGCCAUACACUAAAUCUGAUGUAGCAAUUGUUAUGCCAAUCAAAGACAGCACAAGAAAAAAUGCAUGGAUUUUCAUGAAGCCUUUGACAGGGGGCCUUUGGUUGACAACUUUGUGUUUCUUCAUCUUUAUUGGGGAGAGAGUGGUCAGCAACUUGGCUAGAUUUGUGAUGAUUAUAUGGGUAUUUGUUAUGCUCAUAGUGACACAAAGUUACACAGCUAGUCUAUCAUCGCUAUUAACAGUCCAACAACUCAUGCCGACUGUUACUGACUUGAGUGAUCUUUUAAGGAAUGGCGAUGAUGUCGGCUACAUCGAGAAUGCCUUUGUUCGUGAGGUCUUGUAUGAAAUAGGUUUUAAUAAUACCAGGCUCAGGGUUAUUAAAUCCGCGGAAGAUGGUGAUAAAGAGCUCACAAAAGGUACUGCAAAGGGUGGUAUUGCUGCUUUUGUUGGUGGAACGCCAUUGUUGAAGGUUUUUGUUGCAAAGUACUGCUCCAAAUACACUAUAAUUGGACCUAUCUCCAAAACUAAUGGGUUUGCUUUCGUGUUCCCUAAACGUUCACCUCUUGUAGCUGAUAUGUCAAGCGCAAUCCUAAAUUUGACCGAAGGAAAGGAGAUUCUGAAUCUUGAAGCCACUUGGCUAGGGAACGAAAGCAUUUGUCAAGGCUCGAGUUCUGCCAAUAUGUCUGGCAACAGUCUUGGCCUUGAGAGCUUUUGGGGACUAUUCCUCAUUGCUGGAGUCGCUUCUGUAUUAGCUCUCAUAAUAUUUUUUUCUUCCUUCCUUUACGAGCAUAAGCAUGUCCUGAUGCCCUCUAAUUCAAGAGCUUCCAUAUGGAGAAGGAUUCAUGCCUUAAUUGAAAUUUUUGAUGAUAGAGAUGCCAGCUCUUAUACUUUCAGAAGCAGUCAACCGUCUAAUAAAAUCGUUAGUGUUGGCGAUCAUGGACCGAAUGCAUCACCGAUUAGCAACUGGCCAGAAUGCCCCUUCAGCUAUACAAACCAUGGAGAUCUUGACCCUGUAUUUGGAGGUCAACAAACGCCAUCUACAGGUGGAGCAUCUCCGGAACCAGUUCCAACUAUUGAGCUUGCUAUCACUAUUUAA